AGAUUCAGCGAGAUGCACUGCUAUAUAUGUAUGUCACCGAGGUGGUGUGGUGCACGGAGAUCCGUUGUAUGCUGGAGCCGUUAAAUAUUAACAACGUACCGCGGAUGUUUUUACCGGAAUGACGCCCCGCGAGUGACGGGCCCAUGUGUCGCGGACGCUCGGACGGCAGCUAGACGGCUGCGCGGCCGUGCUCGGCCCGGCUCGGGACGAGUCGCGAGUAAAGCGAGAUAUGUGGACGCGGCCAUGUUUCCCGCUAGCAGAAAUCCUAUCCAUUAAUAAUUCGCGUUAAUCGUGGUGGUCACGAAUCGUGCGGAGCGUGCAGGAUGCCGAAAUGCGACGUGAAGACAAGAUAUCUGCCAGCUACGUUCGCGUGGACGGUCCUACUCGGCACCACGGCGCUCUUCUUCAUCUUCCCGUGCUCGAACUAUUAUGUCUCUCGAUGGGGCUUGUGGGUACCGGCUCUGCAAGGAGUCAUCACUUUCUUCGUGGUGAUAAACUUCUCACUGGCGACGUUUAUGGAUCCCGGUGUUAUACCGAAAGCACCUCCUGACGAAGAACGUGAGGACGAUUUUCGAGCUCCCUUGUACAAGAGUGUCGAGAUCAAUGGCAUCACUGUACGUAUGAAGUGGUGCGUCACCUGCAAGUUUUAUCGACCUCCACGUUGCUCGCAUUGCAGUGUCUGUAAUCAUUGUAUCGAGACAUUCGACCAUCACUGCCCAUGGGUGAACAACUGCAUCGGUAGGAGGAAUUAUAGAUAUUUCUUCUUUUUUCUCCUAUCGCUCAGUUUUCAUAUGCUCAGUAUAUUUGGGCUUUGUUUAUACUAUGUACUGGAACAUAAACAGCAACUGAGUGAAGUUAAUACUAUCGUUGCACUCGUACUCAUGGGAGUGGUAGUGCUCUUAUUCAUUCCAAUCUUUGGACUGACCGGCUUUCAUGUAGUCCUCGUUUCCAGAGGGCGAACCACUAAUGAACAGGUAACAGGCAAAUUUAAUGGGGGCUACAAUCCUUUUUCACGUGGUUGUCUACGCAAUUGCUGUUAUACACAGUUUGGACCACAAUACCCAAGGUAUUGCAAGGAGCCAAGUUUACUUAAGCCUGACAAAUAUUCGGGAAAGCGACGUGGAGCUUGCGCAUCAGAGAUAUCUACUAUAGGCAGUGAGAACCAGGUAAAGACCUACAUGGAUAGCAGCAAUGGUGUUAGAAAUGCCAGUUCAAAUGCUUACAAUAAGUUAUCUCCUGGACGAGAUGGAUCGGAUACGGAUAUGGAACCGACGGCGUCUCAAUCCGCGGACUGUGAACCUACGCCUCCGUUGCAAAGACACGGUUCCAAAAGCAAUUUUUUCCUGCCACCUGUGGAGAAUAGUGAAUCUCCCAGGCAUCCUCCGCCAUCGCAGCUUCGCCAUCCACUGCAUUAUCCUAGAGGCAGUCCACAUCCGAGGCCAAGAGGGAUAAACGGAUCUCGAAGUCAUACACCCGAUCCAUUAUCACCAGAGACGAGUGGAUCGCCCGCCACAGUCCCUCAACGUGGUCAAGGUCCGGGUGGCGCAAGUCCAACGAUGCAACAACGCAUCAAAGCUAUUGGGGUACCUACUCCGCUUGCCAUAUCCAGUCCUAUACGAAGAUCAAACCCAGGUACACCGACGCAGGUUCGUCGGCCGGAUUUCAUAGGCGUGAGCGAAGCGCCGACGUAUUACGAUGUACAACAGGGAAACAAUACACAAGGAAUAAGCGUUGCUAGUGCUGUCGUUACUGGCUACAGUCCGCAACGGCGUUUUCUCUCGGAAAGCGAGCUUGUGCGACAAGGCACUGAUCAUCCGUAUUCGAGAACCAAUAACACAACGGUCGACAACAUACGCGAGUUGGCGGGUUCGCCGCAACGCGGUGUUUACAUGUGGAAAGACAACUCGCCUGGCAGCUAUCCUACUGCCGCCGGUGUAGGAGCGAUGAGCGGUGCGCCCCAUCAAUCGCCUUCCCAACGGCCGCCCCCGCCCUAUGACUAUUAUCGCUCGAAUCCCACAAGCCCGACAACUCAGCAGUACGCCACGAACGCACCCAGAGCGGCAUAUCAUCCAGCUGUGAGGGGUGGAGUGCCAGUCUUCCCGCCACAUCAGUCGCCGCAGAUUAAGCGGAAAGCGGCUACGAUGGCGACACCCACCACACCAACAUCAUCGGGAGACGCCCGGCGUCGACCGAUGUCCUUCGUCAGAGCCCUCGAGAUGACUGACUCGAUGGAAAUGGUUUCGGCGCCUAAUGAUCCGAGAUCGUCGCAAAGACCAACGACACCGACACCGGACCGGGCGAGCGUAUACGACAUGAACUACGAAAUAUCCGUAUAGCCCAGCUUUUCCGUCUCCGUGCCAUCCUGCGGCUGGACGGAGAUUCUACGAGAGCCGCCGAGCAGUCUACGUAUCUCACGCUCCAAUGAGGAAAGAAUGUACAGUACCGUUUACGAGAUAUCCGUCUGAAUUCUUCCGCGAUCGAUGCAUUUAGGUCGCGCUUAACGUAAAAUUAACGUUAAAUUAAAACGCAAGCCGUGGUUGGUCCUUUUAUUAUAGCCGUGGGAUCGCCGUUAUUCUUGGAACUUACCGCAGUAAUCAGGCUACAUCAGGCAAUUGUAUAUCUGGAUAAAUCGCUAUUAGUGAUGUGUUGCGUGUGUGUGUGUGUGUGCACGAAUUAUUUUGAGAUUGACAGUAUGUGUAGAAAUAUAUAUAUAUUUAUACAUAUGUGUGUAUAUAUAUAUAUAUAUAUAUAUAUAUAUAUGUAUGUAUGUAUAUAUACAUAUAUAUACAUGUAUAUCGCACUCACUUUCAGCAAGAAAGUCGGUUCAUCGAUAUCUUCGCUGCAAACGAUUCAUUGUGUGAAUUUAUAUGAAGCAAAGUAAAUAUAUGCGCGAUGAAUCUUUGUUUUUUCGAUUCUUCCUUCGGCAUUGGAAUCUUACAACAAUACGACGGUAGAGAAAGCUUGCAUUUUACACAAAAACGUACCAACAUGCAAGUAUUUUGUCGUGUUAUGUAACAUUAUCGAUUUAGUCAUUGUUAAAUUGGAAAAGAUGUAGAUUUUGGAAAAGAAAUAGAUUCCAGAUGCAUAGCAGCAAAACAUGUCCGUUACGUCAACAAUAACAGUGUUCGGUCUGACUGACGAUCCGAAUUAACGAGUCGUGGAGACGUCAACGAAAGUAUAUCCCGAGCGCACAGAGGUUAACCUUUAUUGGAAUCAUCACCGAUAAAUCGGCCCUCUCGCUUGACAGAAGCAAUAUUUUUUAGUACACGUUUAAGGUCAGUUUAGAUUUUUAUACAAUGAUACUACGAUUCUCAUCCUCAUAAAGAAUGCGAUAUUAAUCCAAUGUCAUCUUUUCCGUUUUCCUUUUUUUCUAUUAGUAUCUCCAUUGCCUAUAUAAGAAAAUGAUUUAAUAAAAUGGGAGGAGCGUUAGGGAUCACACUUUAUUAAAUCCUUAUUAGCUCUUCGGAUACCAGAAAAGUCCGUCUCCAUUAAAAAAUGAAAAAAAAGUUACGUCAUUAUCGGGAUAGAGAAUAACAAAUUCUGUGUAAAAUAAUCGUGAAAUAUGUAGUAAAUUUUUAAUAUAUAUAUUUAACACACAAUAUUUAUACGCGUAAAUGAUAAAAAGAAUAUAAGACUUUAUAUAAUUUGACCUGUUUGUUAUAAAUGAUGAUUUUAUGAAUGUGCCCACUAAUAUAUUUUAUUUCUAUAUAAAAGUUUUGUGAAAAAGAGAAUAUGAGUACGAGUGUAAAAAUAAUGUAUGAAUGAUUGAAUUGCAUUUUUCAGAAGAAUGGAAAGUACACACAGUCCUAGUUUCUCAAAUAUAAUGUAUACAGGGGUGGCUGUUUAUAUGCGCGUGAAUAUAAAAAAUAAAAACUAUUUUAAUUUUGUUAACAAAAAAAAAUUGUAAUAUAUGCAUUGCAUAAAUCAUUGCUGCAUCCAUUGCUACUGUUAAAUUUAUGAUGCACCCCGCUUUUGAAAUUGCAUGACGGUUUCUCUAUUGUAUAUGUGUAUGAGAAGCCAGUAUUAUAUUAGUUAUAUUAAAUUAAUACAGACUGCAACGUGAUAUUAAUUGAAAUUUGCGCACGCAUUCGUUUCACAAUGAAUUUGUGCGGAAUUGACUUGAUGUUACACACAGCACAUAUCAUUUCGAGACAACGUCAGACAUCGAAUAUUUUAGAUUGAAGAAACUUACAUUUGGCAGAUAUAAUGACUGUUCGAAAUAAUAUUACGAGGAUUAUAAGCAUUUCUUCCGUAUUUCUGCUAAGCUAUAUUUAGAAUUCAUUUAACGCGGAAACUCUCUUUAGAUCCUGUUUUCAUUAAGAUAACAAACUGUGCCAAAAAUUUCCUGUACUCUUCAAUCGUGUAGCCUUGCUUAAAAUAGCAUUUAACGAGACAACGGUACAAUGUUACGAAUUGACUAAGGUAAUAAUGUGUAAGGUAUGACGAGUGUUAAAUGUUUAUAAUUCGGUGUACUUGUACAUAUAACAUUACUUCUCUAUCACUUAAAUGUACAUACAUAUACAUUCGGUACUUACGUAUCGCCGCAGCAAUCUACAGAAUAAAAAGUCAUGGAACAUAGUAAAUUGUACUGUGUUGUAUCGUGGCAAUAUUUUUGAUGCAAUA